CACAAAUGGGCCAAGAAUUUAGUUGGGCCUGAGCUUAGAAAUCAAGACCAGCCCUAAAGCCUUUUACCGGCGAGUACAGCCUUCUUCCAAUACAAUCGGACUGAGUUGCCCAACUCGUCAGCUUCCGAUUCCUCACUCAUCUACUCAUUCGAAGCCCCAAGACUCGAACUUGCUUCCCUCUUCCUCGUUCAGCAAUGGCUUAUCGUCGUAGUCUCUCGACGAGAGCCACUAUCGUAGCUCGGAAAUGCAAUCCCUCUGUUUUUCAUAUUCUCCGUGACGACGAUCGGAAGCCUCAGCCCGUUAAUGGAGAAUUUUCUUCACAGAAAAGGUUUUUUGGAAAUGGAGUUAGUAAAAUUGGGUGUGGGGGUUUUGGUGGGUUUUGUCAAGAUCGAAGAUUUUCGAAAGCUUUGAUAUCAUCUAGCUCUGGUUUUGCUUUUCACCGUUAUAUGUCGACGAAUGUUGAUGAAGGUUCGGUUAGCUUUGGGAUAGUGAGUGACGUGGCAGAGGUUCUCAAUGAUGCGGCUGUACAGGUUGCGGCUUCGCAGGUCCCUGCGGUUGAUGAAGUUGCCAUUGCUGCUGCUGAUUCUUACUUGCCUGUUCAGUUGUUGCAGUAUCUCAUUGAUGCUGUUCAUACUUAUGGUGGUUUGAAUUGGUGGGCUGCAAUUGCUGUAACAACGCUUAUGAUCCGAGGGGCAACUAUUCCACUUUUAAUAAAUCAACUUAAAGCUACCUCUAAGCUAUCUAUUAUGAGGCCUCACCUGGAGGAUGUUAAGCAACAAAUGCAGGAGGGGAACAUAAGUACCAUUGAGGGUCAAAAGAGAAUGCAGAAGAUUUUUCAUGAGUAUGGUGUUAGUCCCUUUACUCCACUAAAAGGUCUCUUCAUUCAAGGUCCUGUCUUCAUCAGUUUCUUCCUUGCAAUAAAUAAUAUGGCAGAAAAAGUGCCAUCCUUUAAAAGCGGUGGAGCGUUCUGGUUUGUUGACCUCACAAUUCCAGACGCCUUAUACGUACUUCCAGUUUUGACAGGAUUGUCGUUUUUAAUUACAGUAGAGUGCAAUAUGCAAGAAGGUUUGGAAGGAAAUCCUAUUGCUGGUACUAUGAAAAAUGUUUCAAGGGGUUUGGCAGUUGCGACGAUUCCAUUCACAGCUAGUUUUCCACAGGCUAUAUUCUGUUACUGGAUUACAUCCAACAUCUUUUCGCUUUUUUAUGGUCUUGCGCUUAAAAGACCCGAGGUGAAGAAGUUUCUUGGUAUUCCUGAAGUACCAGUUGUGGAGGCAAGCACUUCCCAACAAUCAACCCCAACUACCUUUGCAUCUUUGUUUUCAUCAUUGAAACAAUCUACGGCAGUUUCACCGACGAAACAACCUGCGUCAGUUUCACAGACGAAACAAUUUCCAGCAAUGACACAGGAACAAAUCUCGACAACUGCUGAACCAACAAAGCUUACUGACCGAAGAAUUUCUUCAACCUCGGUUAUCAGCCAGAGGCUUAAAAGUUUAGAAAAGCAAGUAAAGGGAAGGAAGAAAAACAAAAAGAGGUAAUGAUGAGAAAUCUCCCAUCAUCUGGUGAAACCAAACCUUCAAGAUAUUGACUUGUGAGGUUUUGUUUUUUGUUUUUUUUUGCUUUGGCUCUUAGUGUAAUAUUCUUUCAAAUAGUGACUUAUUUGUUUUUUUUUUUUACCUAAAAUAUGAGAGGGUUAGUUAAUUUCUCUAAUGAAAGAGAGAAAUAGGUCCUAAUAAGUCAUUAUCAAUACUAGAUUAUUUAUUACUUUGAAGUAACCAUUUAUAUAAUAUAAACUUCAUUACGGUUUUGACACUACCAAAAAAACUCCUACAUUUAAUGUAAUUUUCUUUUAGACAAAAUUGUCUAAACAGAUUUAUAUUUCAAUUGAAUAAGAUAUCAAAAUUCAUACAA